ACGACUCAGUUCUUUAUAUUUUGCUUCAGUGCAGCGAGACUUGUUUGUCAUUUUUAAGGUGGUCUUGAAUAAUAGUUUGUCUGAAGUUUUUCUUCGGACAUUAGUCUGAAAAUGGUUAGGUACAAUGUUUUUUUUAUUGUUUUUUUUUUAAAGUCACUUAGCAUAUAGAUCGUUGAAUCAAGCAUAAAUCCAGCUAUGAAAAAUGCCAAUGGUGACAUUCUGAUGGGCAUCAAAUAGUAUUUGUCCAUCAAAAAAGUUUUUAACUGAAAACUUGGCAUAUUAGCAUUCUUUGCAUUUUAGUUUUAUUAUUUCACCAAAACACAACAGUCAUCUCAAGGCGCUUACUGCCAUGUCCUUGAGAUAUAGAAACAGAAAAAAUCCUGCAAGACCCGUGAGAUGGAUCUGACCCUUCAGGUGAUCCAUAGGUUUUCGAAGCCUCAUGUAAAAUGGUUGCUGCCAAGAAGCCAUUCUUAAGGAAGCUGAGCAAUGCCAAACUACACAAUUUUCUUCCCAGACCAAUCAUUUCAAAGAAUCCUGGAGGGGUGGCUUGGCCUAUGUUAUCAAUGAAUGCUUCACAUACCAUCUGGAGAUCAUAGACACCUGCUAUUUUAUUAUUUCUCAUCACAGUAAUUUUACUUAGUAAAACUUGAUAAUGAAUGCAAUAUUCUAACCUCACUCAUAAUCGUUGGUUGUUACUUUUAAAUAGUAAUUCGUUACUGUUACGUCUCCAAGAAAGUAAUCCCAUUACUUUAAAAAGGUAAUCAGAUUAUGCAUUACUGUCCCAUCUCUGCUCAUAAUACACUGAAACCCUUAGUAACUCUCUAGGGUUACAUUCAAUAUAGAAACAGCUUUAGUGAAGGUUACAAAUGAUCUUGUGGACUCAUCUCUGCCUGUCAUGCUAGACCUCUGUGCAGUGAUCGAAAGUUGAUCACAUUUUAUUACAGCGAUUAGCGCCAGCUGUAGGCAUUAAAAGGUACCGGGCUAUACUUGUUUGAAUCAUUUAAUAGAUCUAAUAUGAUCACGGAGAUGGAGAGUCCUCUUCACACAUUAUGGAAUUCCACAGGGUCCCAUGUCGGGACCAAUUCAGUUUACAUUAUACACGCUUCUCUUAUUAGAAGGCAUAUUUUCAUUACUAUGCAGAUAAAGAGCUUUGUCUGUCCACAAAGACGGAUGACACACACCAAUAACUUUUUAAUAAAUCUUAAAAGAUUUAUGCAGUUAGAGGUCAGCUCCUGGAUGAUCUCUAAUUUUCUACUUCUAAAUUCAGAAGUAGAAACAGCGUCGUUGCUUUUGUAUCACCUGCGAAGUGCAUUGCAACCUGUGCACUGCUGCCCGCGGGACGGAGACCAGUAGCUCCGCAGCUUCUCUGCCGACGCCCCUCCUUCUCCUCCGGUACUCCUCCGAGCACAAUGCGCUGAUAUCCGCACGCUCGGUAAAAGAAUGAUUUCUUUUGUGUCGACAGUAGAGGGUGUUCCCAGAGAUACGGGCACCGCAAGCCUUUACCAGCGGAUCAGAAAGGUCUUGACGAGGGACCUGCUGGUGACCUUGGCCCUGGGUCAGGUCCUGUCCUUGUUAAUUUGCGCUUUAGGUCUGACAAGCAAAUACCUGGCGAAUGACUUUCACGCUAACACUCCAGUGUUUCAGAGCUUCCUCAACUACAUCCUGCUGUUUCUGGUGUACACUACCACGUUGGCAGUCAAGCAAGGGGAAGGGAACUUGCUGGCCAUUCUAAUGCAGCGCUGGUGGAAAUACAUGAUUCUGGGUGUCAUAGACAUUGAGGCCAACUAUUUGGUCCUUAGGGCUUACCAGUACACUACACUGUCCAGUGUACAGCUCUUAGACUGUUUUGUCAUCCCAGUGGUAUUGCUGCUGUCCUGGUUCUUUCUCCUAGUGAGAUACAAGACUGUCCAUUUUGUCGGGACAGGUCUAUGUUUGCUUGGCAUUGGCUGCAUGGUAGGAGCUGACAUUCUUCUUGGUGGACAGCAAGGCUUUGGAGAGCAGAAGCUGUUUGGGAAUCUGCUAGUUCUGGGAGGAGCUAUGCUGUACGGAAUAUCCAAUGUAUGCGAAGAGUUUAUUGUAAAGAACUUGAGUCGUGUUGAAUUCCUGGGCAUGUUGGGACUAUUUGGAUCCUUCUUCAGCGGCAUUCAGCUGGCUAUCAUGGAACACAAAGAGCUUCUAAGAGUAUCCUGGAACUGGUUCACAGGUCUUCUUUAUGUUGGUUUCAGUGCCUUCAUGUUUGGCCUUUACAGCUUCAUGCCUGUUGUGAUGAAGAGGACUAGUGCCACCUCAGUCAAUCUGUCUCUGCUCACAGCUGACCUUUACAGUCUCUUCUGUGGCCUCUUUCUCUUUCACUACAAGUUCUCGGGUCUCUAUCUGUUGUCAUUCUUCAUCAUUAUCUUGGGCCUGGUUUUUUACUCCUCCUCGUCAACCUAUGUGGUCCAGGACCCACGAGUCUACAAGCAAUUCAGAAACAAAGACAAUCAAACACCAUAUGAACCACCUCCACUUUGCCCUAGAGUCUUGGAGCCCACUGUCAUCUACACUACCCUGAGCCCUGAGCAAGGAGACGAGUUUCCUGUUAAAGUAGCCUAAGAACUGGGACAGAGUUAAGUGCAUUAGCCUGAUAAACUUGUGAGUCAGGUGCAACCCCCAGGUUUCCCUUGUAUACAAAUGAAUAGUGCUAGGCUUUGCCCAAUCUGGUAAGCAGGAUAGCUGGGAUCACCCAGGUAAGUCAUGGUAUUCAUUUCAUGGUCUUAAUGGAGAAAUGUCUCCAUGCUCAUAAACACAAAUUCAUUUAGCUACAUAUUGUAUGUACUGAGAAAUGACUGACCAGAAUGUAAUUUAAACACAUAGCAAUGUGAGUUGAGUUCACGGUCAUCAAAGACUGUGCAUAGAGUAUAGUAGCUGUAUAUGAUGAUGUAAAGAGAUGGUAUUGUAAUUUUUAUGUUAUCACGUAUUUCUUCUAAUAUUUGCAAGAGGAUAUUGUAUGGAUGUAAACUAUCGUCUGCCCAAUAUUGCUCUUAUUUCAAAGAAAGAAGUUCAAUAAAUUUACAAAAUUAAGUGCACAUUGUAUAUAAUAAUAAGGAUUCUCUGUAGGAUCUGAUUGUUUGCAGGCUGAAAGAAGGAUAACUAUAUUCUAACGCCCUGUUUUCCACAGUGUAAGUAUUAGUGAGGCGUGAAAGAGAUUUCAAAUUCAGUGUUAUAUUUGUCAUAGGCCCUAGAAUGUUGAAUUCAGGAUCCAGCUGAUGUUUGUGAGGUACAUUUUGGUUUUUCAAGAGAUGCAUUCAGAGGAGUCAUGUAUCAUCUGGACUGCUGUUACAGCUGUAUACUGUUUUGAAAAAUACAGGUCAUUGUUCAAAAUGUUUUUGUUGGUUGCUUUGAAAAAAAAAUGUACAGUACAUACAGUGAGAUCAACCUUAACUGAGUUUUAUUUAUCGGACACGGUUUUUAUGUGUAAAUAAUUGUAUGCAAUUGGAACAUAAAAAACGAAGGUUGACAAAACAUAACUUAAUUGCGUGCAACCAAUGUACAUUUUUUUAUGUUAAUCCCACAGGUUAUUUUUUUCAGUGUACUCUAGUGGUGUACAUGACAGAUGAUUCAUUUCAAAUAAUAAAAUAUAAAAGAUGUCCAUUUGUUGGUGUUCAUAAUUCUAUUUUUCACAUCCCAAAUUUCCUAAAAAUAAUUAGAAAACCAUUUCUGAAAUGCACUUACUCAGUAGAAACAAUAAUACAGACAUAAUACUGCUGAAUACUGACUGACAUUUUUAACAAUAUGUUGCGUUACUACUGAGUCACUCAUAUUAAAUGAAACCCAUUGUGGAGGAGGGUGUUUCUUCUUCACUCACUAUGUGUUAAUAGACCUCUCUGCAUUGAAUCAUACCUGUUAUUAAUCUCUGGCUCUCUUUCACAGCAUGUCUUUAAUCCUGUCUUCCUUGUCUCACCCCAGAUGGCCGCCCCUCCCUGAGCCUGGUUCUGCUGGAGGUUUCUUCCU